UCCAUCGCGCUCUCCUCUCGGCUCUCCUCUGCUCUGUUGGCGAUCUCGUCGUUCUGUCCGGGUCGGAGCUUCUCGCCGGCGAACGGGCACAGUUGGGAGCGAGAACCCUCCUCUUCGAUCUGGGGGGGAAGAAUUUAGAUUCUUAUUGCGGUGAUCUCAUUCCGUCUCCUUUUCUGAAGGUUCCGUUUCGCUUGGUUCUUGAACUGUCUAAGUUUCGAUUCGGGUUCAAGAUUUUGUUGGAUUUUGAUUUUUCUUCGUUGUGAUCGAUCGUAAUUGACGUUUCCAGCGACUUGAAUUUUGUUGUUCUUGGGGUUCUUGAUCAAUUCUUGGUUAUCGAUAAUCUAGGUUUUCGAGUUUCUAUCGAGAAGAUCAAUCUUUCUUGUUUUCUUGAUCGUUUCUGGCCACAAGGCCGAUUCUCGUUCUGUUUUCCAUUGGCAAAAAUGGCUUCUUCUCGUUCUAGGCGUGUGGAGUACGACCGCUUCAUCCCGUUCCGGUCGGCGAUGGACAUGGACUACGCACGCUUUGCCCUAACCAUGCCUUCGCGACCGCAGCGUGAUGGUUCGAGAGAAUCCCCAUCGAGCGUGGCGUACCAAAAGCUUCUUGAUGAGUGCAUUUUGAAGAACAGGUCUCGUAUCUUCGCUUUCAAGAGUGCACCCGAAGCGCCGGCCAGCAUGCUGCCCCAAUUUGACGAGCCCAUUCGGCCGCCGAAGAAGCAGCAGAGGCGAAUCCCUAGAGAACCAGAGAGGGUUUUGGAUGCCCACGGCAUGUUGGAUGAAGAUGGUUUGAAUCUCCUCGACUGGGGAAGCAAUAAUAUGUUGGCGAUUGGCCUCGACGACACAGUGUGCCUCUGGGAUGAUGCAAACAAGUCGACUAAGGUGCUUCUACAAGCCGUAGAAGACAGCGGACCUAUCACUAGCAUCAGCUGGUCGCCGGAUAGCACAGUUCUUGCUGUCGCAUUAGGCAAUUCAGUUUUAGCCUUGGUUGAUCCGGCAACAGGACAAGAUGUGAAUGUGACGGAAGAAGAUGAGAACCAGACCCUUGUGUUGUCACUUGCCUGGAGAAGUAAUUCAAUCUUGACGGUUGGAAGAUCUGAUGGCACUAUUGUUGAUUAUGACUUUAGAAAGGAUGACACGUCCGUCUCUUUCUAUAAUGGGCAUCGGCGUGGAGUUUGCAGUCUUAAAUGGUCUGUGUUGUCGGGGCGAUAUUUGGCGAGUGGAGGGCAUGACAAACUAGUGCACAUAUGGGAUGCCUGCAUGCCGGUCUCAAAACAUCCACGCCGACAUAAGUGGCUUCACCGCAUCAGCAGCCACACUUCCAUUGUGAAGGCCCUUGACUGGUGCCCAACUCGGAGCAACCUACUGGCUUCUGGUGGAGGUCGCAAUGAUCAUUGCAUUAAGUUUUGGAACACUGUUAACGGUGCUUGCUUGAACUCGAUCGAUGCAGGCUCUGAAGUUUGUGCAUUGCUGUGGGACAAGAACAAAUCUGAAUUACUAACCUCCCAUGGUUCUCCGAAGAAUCAACUCAUCCUGUGGAAUUACCCAUCCAUGACGAGAGCGGCUGAGCUUUUCGGUCAUUCAUCCCGGGUUCAUUUCUUGGCUGGGAGCCCAUUGGGAGGUGUAGUAGCUUCUGCAGCAGCAGAUGAAACACUUAGGUUUUGGAAUAUCUUUGAGACUCCCAAAACAACAAAACCUGAAUUGCCCUUUGCCCAAUUUAGUGUCAUAAGAUGAAAAGGCUGAUGGGUUGAAAAUAUUAUGAGAGCAAUAUGAAAGACUUCUCUGGUGCUUGACUUGAAAAUCCAUUGUUGGCAGAGUUGCACAGAGAAGUUUGGUGGAAUUAAAUUGACAACACAUUUUCAUAGUAAGUAUGAGUGCAAGCGCCUAUGAGUUGCACAGAGAAGUUUGGUGGAAUUAAAGUGGCAACACAUUUUCAUAGGAGUAUGACUGCAAGCGCCUAAGAGUUGCACAGAGAAGUUUGGUGGAAUUAAAGUGGCACCACAUUUUCAUAGAAGUAUGAGUGCAAGCGCCAAAGGGACAAAGAAACUCAGAGCAUUAAUGCUUCACUUACUGGACUUGGGAAUCAUGUUCAAGUAUCCUUUGGUUGUUGAAGCUUUUGUAUUAUUCCUUUACUAAGUAUCUUUGGUGGUUUAUCAAAUUUUAUUAUUAAAAAAUUAUAGUGCUUUAAUUGAUUCUCUUUCUUGUCUAGCUAUUGGCUUGCCCCUUGACAUUUUGUAGUCUUUCUUGCAAAUUAGUUAUAAUUACUAUAAAGGAAUUCCGACUUCUGUUAGUUUUUCUGUUAUGUAGGAAAGAAGAAUGUGACAUUAUCUAAUUCUUGAAUUACAUUAUAGAUAUUGCUUUUUUAUUACAAGUCAUUCAUCAAUAAUAUUUUUUGAGAUAUUUUGAUUCCUUUAGCCUUCUUUCUCUUUUAUUUGUGUCUUUCGCUUUGCACUUUCCUAGCAAAAUAUGCUACAAAAUGAUAUUUAGCUCCAUCUUUUGUCAUUUUAAAACUAACAAAUUAUCUUAUUAAGAAUGAAGUUUUUUCAAUAAAGCAUACAUUAUUGGGGUUGAAUGUAAAGGUACUGAAGAUAAUACCUUCACUAUUGAUGAAUCACUUGAAGAUUGCACAAUUAGCUGAUACUGGACUUUCUAUUGGUGGCUCUGCUUAUCUAAAGUAUGUUUCUUUUAUCCCCAUUGAACAUGAUGCAGUGAUUAGUUCUAUGGUUACUCUAAAUGUGCAUUUAUAUAGGUACAAAAUCUAGGAGUAUAUUAUUACAUUAGCUAUGUCAUUGAAUGAUGAAAUUCACAAAAUAUAUCUUUCUAAUUUUUUUUUAUUUUGCUGACAUGAAGUCCAUUCUCUAAUCUUACAUCGGAAAUAUUUUAUUGAUGUCACUCGCUUACUGUUAUAUGACAUGUCAUAUUUAGUUAUCUGUCUCUUUGUAUUGAUCUCCCUUAAGAUUCAGAAAGUUUAUUGUAUGAUUGAUGGGCCGCUACUAUCAUCUGCUGGGAUAAUAUUUGUUUGAUUAUACUUAUUGGGGUCAUGCAAUACUGAAUUUUUUAGUCAUCAUGAUUUAAAUUCAAACACCCGCAAUUGUGGUUGCUUUCCAUCUGACCGAACGAAUUUUGGUGCUAUCAGUUUCUUUGGUGAGUUAAUGUUGCUUUGAUAUUAGGUCAAAGAUAUUACAAAAAUCAUAGAGAAUAUGAAGAAGUCAGAAAUAAUGAAUGCCAAUUUUUAGAUAUUUUGGUGGUCUUAAAUGAAAUAAAAUGCAAAGUUAGCUUUCUUGAGGUAUGAGAGUUCUCUCUCGGUGAUUGUUAUUUAUCAAAUCUUAAGAAGGAUUAGUGACCAAAUGACACUCCUAUAAUAUGGGUUCUUUCUCUUCUCUUUUCAAAAUUUGCUAUGGAGUAGAUGUUAAUAAAUCCAAAAUUGAGAAAUUUGUGGACUUUCUGCAACCUUGGGGUAUGAGUUUUAUCAAUCAUUUUAAUCUGUUCAUUUCCUAGGUAACAACAAUUGCAAUAGGUGGAUAUGGAGGAUGCGAUAAUGUCACUUGGUAGAAUGACUUUUCUUGGUUUUCAGCUCUUUUGUUGCAUACUUCCGACUUUCAAUAGUAUUUCUAGAGUAAUUGUGAUCAAAAUCUUUGUUAAACUUGCUUAUCAAAAUCAAAUGAUUUAUAUUGUCUCUUAAACGGUUGCCGAAAUUAAGUGUGUAAUUCAUACCCUUGAUGUUGAAACUAUAUUUUUUUUAUGAAAUUAAGUGUAGUUCAUUUAUGACAUCUGUAUCGAAUAUUUACAAUCUUUUUUGCUUAUCAUAGUAUUAUUUCUCACUCAAAUUGAAAUGGCUAGCAAGAAAACUAUAAAAGUACUGAGAGAACAUAUUUGCUGCUUCUUAACUUGAGUUCAGGAAACGAGGCCUUUUAGUCAUAUGUUAAAACACUGGAAUUUAUCCACUCUUUGGAAGAACUCAAUCGAUUGUAUUUAGAUGACUAUUUGAAGCUUUUAUUGUUAAUGUCCACCAGCUGAGCCUUGGUAGAAUCAUUAGGUUUGGGAAUAGAUGUAUAUGCAUUAAUGAAUCAUGAAAUUUUAUGAUCAUUUUCUAUUGUGUAUAAAACAAAUUGCAUUGUUAGUUAAUUCUUUAUGUUGUAGUUCUUCUUUUA